AGUUUCACCCUACGUAAGAGCCGCCACUGACUUGACAGACAGGAAUCGAGAUCAAUCAAAAUGGCGUUUACCCUGUUCUAAUUUUGGUUGUAAUUUUAUAAAUUAAAGAAUGGCUCUCGUUUUACAUAGUGGGGCAAACGUUCUGAAAAAACAUACUGGAAUUAUUAGUAUAGCGUACAUCCGUACUGCCAAUUACUCCGAUUUCAACCCCUAUAAUCUAGCGUCCUUAAAGAGAGGAACAGGCGGACGUUCCAGUUUCAAUGGAAUCGUCGCUACAGUCUUCGGUGCCUCGGGUUUCAUAGGCCGAUACGUUUGUAAUCGACUGGGUAAGAUCGGCACACAGCUAAUCUUACCGUACCGAGGCGAUUUUUAUCCCAUGCAAAGAUUGAAGUUGGUCGGCGAUCUCGGUCAGGUUUUGUUCCAGCCCUAUCAUUUAUUUGACGAGGAAAGUUUAGACAAAGCAGUUCGCUACUCAAAUGUUGUAAUAAACUUGGUUGGACGAGACUGGGAGACCAGAAACUUCUCAUUCGAGGACGUGCAUGUGAAAGGUGCACGAAAAAUAGCCGAAGCUGCUCAAAGGGCGGGAGUUAAACGGCUUAUUCAUGUCUCUUCAUUGAAUGUGAGCGAGAAGCCCAAAGCUCACGUUUUAGAGGGAGGUUCGAAAUUUUUAGCUAGUAAAUGGAGAGGUGAAAAGGCAGUGCUAGAAGCAUUUCCCUGCGCUACAAUAAUUAGACCUUCGGAUGUCUACGGGCAAGAGGAUCGUUUCUUAAGGUAUUACAUACAUAAUUGGAGACGUCAGGUUCAUUAUAUGCCCCUUUGGGAAAAUGGGGAAAAAACCAUUAAGCAGCCCUUAUUUGUAAGUGACCUGGCUGCCGGAAUUGUAAAUGCAAUUAAGGACCCAGAUUCGGCAGGUAAAAUUUACCAAGCAGUUGGCCCCAAGCGUUACCUACUGUCCGAGUUAGUCGACUGGUUCUAUCGAGUCAUGAGAAAGGACAAGGAGUGGGGUUAUUAUCGAUACGACAUGAAGUACGACCCCAUUUUCAAAUUAAAAGUCACCUUAACACAAAAACUGUGUCCCAGUUGGCCAGUCGGCCACUUGCAUUGGGAAAGGGUGGAGAGAGAAUGCAUUACUGAUACUGUAGAAAGGGGAGUUCCUACCUUAGAGGAUUUAUGUGUUAAUCUUAUGCCGAUGGAAAAUCAAAUUCCGUGGGAGUUGAAGCCGUAUAUAUACGGUAUUUAUCAUGGGCGAGAUUUGGAAGAUUUUGCAGUUAGGCCUGAACCACCUAAGGUUGCCGCAUCUAUAUAAACAAUUGUUAAUUUAAUGUUUUAUUUAUAAAAAUUGUACAUUUGGAAGUAUAUGAUUUUUGAGUAGCA